CUUUGAUUACUUUGAUCGAUCGAUAAUACAUACCGUUUCUAUGUCCGACCACAUCAGAAUUCUGGCGUCUAUACACAACAUACCUAGUAGUCACCAUACGAUGGGCUUGAUCGCCUCCCACAACAUUGGGAGUUUGUUUGCUAGUGAAUGAUUGAAUUAUUCUCUCGUUCGGCCGAAGAAUUCUAAUUACACUCUAUUCACCAAAAAGCCAGCCGCUGGCAAGUCGCGAUAUGGCAAACAAUGACUUAGAAAAUGGACGCGCCGCCCUAAACCCGCCUGCAGCAAUGCUAGGCCCGGAAGAGUCCGGAGGCGAGUCCGUUUCUUCUGCUAUCGCGGUUAAGGAUCAAAGCGAAGAGCUACCUGGCCUACCGCGACUGAACUAUAAGCUCCUAGAUCACAAGAAGAAGCUAUUCCUAGUCGGAGGACUCUUACUUCUCGAAGGAAGUAUAUUACCUAUUGUUCUCUUUUAUCCUCUGUGGUUCGAUACCGACCUGAGACAUGGCAUUCUUUUCGCAAUCAUCACAUCAUUCUUCGGUCUCGUCUCCGGUCUCGAAUUCGCUCAUCGGUCGUGGCGUCUUAUCUUGAAAGAUGAUCACUACCGACCAUUAGAUGGCAAGCGCUGGCGCUUCGACUUCACACAUAUGACACUGUCCGUAGGAUACACAGUUAUGACCGGAAUAUUAAUCGGGGCGUCCAUCCCGAAUGAGCCGUUGGUUCGCCCGCUCGCGAUGCCUCUACCCCUAUUUUUCAUUGAAGUUGGCUCCCUUGCUAUUGCCACAGGUUUUAUGGACGCAAUGAACCUACCGGCUACAUGCAAAGUCAGCUCUACGCCUAAAGGUGCACCGAUACCGCCCAUACUCUUGACGUUCAUAGAGGACGUUGUCGCCGUCGACGGCGGCGCCGGGAAGACGUACAGACAAAGGCUGUUGAGUAGGUACAAGAUAAGCAAGCAUUUCAGAGCGCUUAUUAAAGGCCUGAAUUGGUUCUGGGGCAUCGGGUCCAUGCUGAUCGGGGCUGGCUCAUUGGCUGUUGUGUGGACAGUGCCCCAGGAGAUCGCCUACGGCAUAGGUUGGGGAGCGCCGCUAGCUUUCGUCAUUAUUUGGCUAGUGAUUACAAUACCAUGGACACAUCGGAGUCUUCAAGUUGAAAAGAAGCAAUGGAUGGCUGACUUGCGACGUCGGAGCCAGCAGGGGAACGAGAAACGACCCGAGUCAUGAAAUAGACGAGUACAUAGAAAAUGGUAUAGACUGUAUUGCUUUUUGCAUCUAUUUACUCAUAAAUAUCGAUCACGUGAAGUAAU